ACGUUGUUAUUCCGCGACACUUCGCAUGCUGUUCAUCUUCUCACGGGGGCCAUUUGUGUGCUGCCAAGUCGUUCAAUAUCUGCUAUAGGGGAAAAAAAGAAAUUAAUUCAUUUUUCUGCAGUUCAUCUAUAUCGACACAAAUAUGUCUAUCUUGGCUGACGAAUCAUCUGAUGCUGGUAGCAUCCCUGGCCAGUCCAGACUGGAAAGUUAUCUCUUCAGUUGUGAAUUGUCGUCAGAAGUUCCGUUCUACACGUUUCAAGCAGAUGAAGACGAGGAUCUAGAACAUUUCCUUGAGCUUCGAACGGUUUGUCUCGGAGAGGGUGCCAAGGAAGAGUAUAACAUAAUUGAGGUUACCGCUAUGAAUUAUCAAGGAAAGAAAACAUCUGUACCUGUUGCAUCACUCCACAUCUCCCGCUUACCUAUGGUGAGCCUUGGUGGAUUUGAACUGAUGGCACCGGUCACUCUUCGUUUGAAGUCUGGCACCGGUCCGGUCACCAUUAGUGGCAUGCAUCUUGUUGCCUCAGAGAAUGAUGAGUCAGAUUUGUCUGAUGAUGAAGAGGAGCUUGAGGAAGAACUGGAGCCCAUCAAACCUGCCAAGAAGAAGCAGAAGUUAUGAGCAUACAAAACCGAUACACACAAUAUUAAAUGAAUUAUGGACUUCUCCCUCAAGGGAAUACUUUUUAUAUUAUAUCUAUUGUACACCACCACCAGCAUUUGAAAAGGAAGGUGCAUCAAUGAUGAUCUGUGGAUCAAAGUGUUUUUUUAUUUGUACAACCAUGCCCAAAUACAAGGGGCUACACAAAAUGGCAAUGACGAUGGACUUAUAAAUGAGGGAAUCUGUGAAAAGGACUGUCUUUUAGUUGUUUAGUUACUUGCAUGCAGUGUCAAAUUCAUUUUAUUUUGUGAUUUUACAAGCAGUACUGUUAAGUACUUUACAUAGUUUUUCAUAUUUUUACUUUACGUACCCUUUAUGUAAUGCUUACUGAGUCCACAAAGGGCCAUGGUGGGAAUCUUUUUUUUGUGGAAAUGUAUUUUUAGAGCUUCUUUUUGUGUUCCUCCGUAACAGUUCAGUAUUCCCUGACAAUACUUUUGAUAUAGUAGGGGAACACAAAACAUUGACAAGAAAUGCAAAACUUUUGUGAGGGAACUCAAAACGAACAAUUUCCACGUUGAUAAGAAUAAAUUCCCUCAAUGUCCCUUUUGGGGUUCCAUAAAUGCAGAGCUGGAUACCUAUCCAAAAUUUCUAUAUCCGACUCUUUGAGUGCCAGCAGAGUUUUUAGUUCUGACUCGAUCGAUGUGUUGCCCAAACAAAGUUUGGUGCGUUGCAUCUUCGUUCUGGCAGCUAGUUUCAAACCUGGUGUAUGGUGCAUGUUAAAUAUGUGUUCCUGAGUAAGCUUUGGUAAUGCAAUAUUGGGUUUAGGUUUGCUACAGUUACCAUUUUGUACAUUUUAAAACUGUAAUUAAAAUACCUUUUUAUUUACAAUAUAAAAAAAACAUACAUACCGA